UAGAUGCGACAAGAGACAUCUGCAGUGAGACAGCACAAAACCCAACUGCAUCAUAACGCGCAUCACAGUGCACUCGAGCAAUAAUAACAUUAUACCAUCUCACCACAAAACGCUUCCUUUUAUGACGAUGAUCUUGUGGCUGGCAACCGUUACCUGCACAUUGCUGUUUCUUUCACCCAAUGCGGCCACCUUCCCAGCUGACAAAGAGAAAGGACGGAGGAGAGUGGUUCAUGUAAUGGAGGAUGAAACAGGGGCAGUCAUAGUCCAGACUGCUCCAGGUAAGGUGGUCACUCAUCGUGGUGGCACUAUCACCCUUCCCUGCCGAUUCCACCAUGAACCAGAGGACGUAGAUCCUUUCCGCAUUCGCAUCAAGUGGACGAAGGUUUCCGAUGCUUUCCAGUUCGAAGAUGUGUUUGUUUCAUUGGGCCGACAACAGAAAGUAUUUGGGUCCUAUCAUGGCCGUGUGACUUUGGAGCGGGCUGGACCAGGAGACGCCUCAGUUAUAAUUCACAAUGUCACCUUGCAAGACUAUGGUCGCUAUGAGUGUGAGGUCACCAAUGAUAUGGAGGAUGACACAGGAUUUGUCAAUCUAGACCUUGAAGGUGUGGUAUUUCCAUAUUACCCUCCAUCUGGACGCUACAAGCUGAACUACCACCAAGCGGAGGAAGUCUGCAGGCAGCAGGAUGCUAUUCUGGCCUCCCAUGCACAGCUGCACAAGGCCUGGCUUGAGGGGCUGGACUGGUGCAAUGCCGGCUGGUUAGAGGAUGGCUCAGUCCAGUACCCCAUCUCCCAUCCUCGAGACCAGUGUGGCCGCAAAGACAAUGCCCCUGGUGUCCGCAACUAUGGAUACAGGCACAAAGAUGACGAAUGCUAUGAUGCUUUUUGCUUUACCUCGAACCUUAAUGGACGUGUUUACUUCCUCAAACGAUUUAAGAAGGUGAACUACCUGGAGGCUGUAAAGGCUUGUCAGCGUGAUGGCGCAGUAAUAGCUAAGGUUGGACAACUAUACGCUGCCUGGAAGAUCCAGCUCUUGGACCAAUGCGAGGCAGGGUGGGUGGAGGACACCAGCAUUCGUUACCCCAUCGUCAACCCCCGGACCCGCUGCGGGGGCCCAGAGCCCGGUGUCCGAAACCUUGGUUUCCCCGAUAAGAAGUUCCGCCUGUAUGGGGUCUACUGCUUCCGCAAGAACACUGACCCGCUUGACAUCAAUCCAACGCAGGUUCCUCAAGAAACAACAUUUAAACCAACUAACAGCACCAGAAGUAUCUGAGUGAAGCAAAAUGCUUUGUUACUAGCAUCAUCCCUGAAAGCGCACAUACAUCACCCAGACGUCUAUUUGAUGUGUGUUUACAUCUGGAAGACAUUUUUAUUUUUUACGUUAUUUCCUUAUGUGCAAUGCGUUCAUAAGAUGUAUGUCAAUAAGUAUGUCUCAGAUGUCAAUAAGACAUUCAGCAGAUGCAGACAUUUAUGAUUUAGAAUGUUUGUAAAUCUGAUCUUUUUAAGAUGCUUAGCAGAUGUUAAUUAGAUUGUGAUGCUUUCCAGAUGAAAAGAUUUAAAACAGACAUCUCUGAGAUAUAAGUGUGCUAUCUGUGAUUGCUUCCAUGUUUAGCCAAAAAUUAUUGACAAACUAGGCUUUUUUGCACACUUGCUAGGCUACCAGGCAGCUAGGCUAGCUGAACUCGGGCAUAACUGUGCUUGUAUUAUUUUCGUCUUGUGCUUGAAAUGAUGUGUCAAUCAUCUCAAAAUCGAGAAAGUUUGCUUCUUUUUCCUCAGAGGAUUGUAACUAGGGAAGCAUAUGCCACAGCUAAUUAGCAUCAUUGUUUCUCGUUAUACCUUGCAUGAAGAGAAAAAAAUUCGCCUCGAGUUUUUGUUGUCGUUGUAAGCCUUGCUGUCUCCCAAGGAAUACAAAAAAGUGAGAAGCAAUUUAAUUAGCGCUAAAAACGUAGGAGAGCUAAUUUAGCCUUAUAAUGAGCAUAGCGCAUUAGGAAGAGUCCUCAAAGGCCCGAUGAUGAGAAAGUGUUGAGGGCUGAAACUUGCAUCAGGUGCUAGCAUGAACCUGGUUUGGCUAGGCUUAGCAUGUUAAUUCAAAUGAACUUUCACAGUUGUUGCCAUUUGAGCAAGUAGCAAAACUUCAAUUACUAUGCACAUGACGCUAGGUCCUUGGCACAUUUUGAAUGACCUUGCAAGCAAUAACAGAAUUAUAAGCAUGACUUUUUUUAGAUGUUUAAUACACUGACAAAGCUUAAAGUAAACUAUCCUUUUACAAUAUCAUUAAUGACUUACAUAAGCUGCUUUACUACCUCUUAGUGGUUGACAAUUGCACUAUCCAUUCAAAUAUUGCACAAAAUUGUCUAUGAUGAUACAUUUUAGAUUAAAGUUAUUCACCUGUU